AUAUAUAUCUGGACUGGGGCUUCUCAAGCCUUCAGGGACCUCUUGGAAUCCUGAAGGGAAUCUGGCUGGAGCCAGAAGGGGCCGUGCUGUGGUGUCCGGGGGCCUGAAUCCCCACCACGCCCUCUCUCGCCUGUGGGGCGGCCGGGCUGGGCUCAGCCCACUUGACCACGUGACCUGGCCAAGUUCCCAUGCGCUGGUGUCCCCGCCUGCCCAGGACACUCUGCCCUGGCUGAGGAGAUGCCCAGGCCUUUUGUCACUGUUGUUAAUUUUUACUUAUUUAGUUUCACUUCAUUUAAAAGAGAGAACAAUGCUACCAUCUGCUGGUUCACUCCCCAAAAUGCCUGCAACAGCCAGGGCAGGGCCAGGCCAGAGCCAGGAGCCAGGAGCUCCAUCCAGGCCUCCCAUGGGGAUGCCAGGGAUCCAAGUACCUGAGCCAUCGUCUGUUGCCUCCCAGGCUGUGCGUUAGCAGGAAGCUGGAUCAGAAAUGGAGGAGCGGCCGGCAUCUCGUGUGGGCACUGGUUUGGGUCCCGGCUGCUCCACUUCCAAUCCAUCUGCCUGCUGAUGGCCUGGGAAAGCAGGGGAAGAUGGCCCAAGGACUUGGGCCCCUGCACCCAUGUAGGAGGCCCUGAUGAAGCUCCUGGCUCCUGACUUUGGCCUGGCCCAGUCCUGGCUAUUGCAGCCAUCAGGGAGUGAACCAGUGGAUGGAUCUCUCUCUUUCUCUGUCUCUCCCCUCUCUAUCUAACUCUGACUUUCAAAGAGAUAAAUCUUAAAAAAAAAAAAAAAAAAUAGCAAGGAGCUGGGACUGGAGCCCUGGCACUCUGAUGUGUAAUGCGUGCAUCCCAAAUAGUGGCUUAACCACCAGGCCAGACACCUGCCUGCUGGUUCUUCUUACAUCGGUACUUUUAGAAAGCAAAUGCAUGGAGAAGGAAGUGGUAUCACCUGCACCGAUUGGAACCUGACGUCACUUCUAACAAAGCCAAGGUCACUGGGGACAGCAGUGCACCCUCCCCUGCCCUCCUGAGCUGGGCUGGAGCCCGCACACCUCGGGGUUUAGCAGGCGCUGUCCAGCAGCCCGGAAGGGAGACUCCCCUUGUUCCGGGGAGGGCCCUGGAGAAGGAGGCCCUUUCUGGAGCCGUGGUGCUGGGGUUCAGUGUCUCCUCCACGUGCCCCUGACACCAUCGGUAGCCAGUCCAUCCCAGGGAAUUCUGGUCCAGGCCAGCGCCUCCGUGGGCCCCUUCUGGGCAGGGGGCUGCGUGGACAGAACCCCCAGCCUCAGCCCGUGGCCCGGGUAGCAGCAGCUCCAUUUCCUCGCCAGCCUGCAAGCUCCUCCCUCCGCAGGCUGCCCGGUGAGGUUCCCGCUCUACCACUUCCGUGGCUCCCCAGUGCCACGUCCCCGGCUCUCCCUGGAGGAGGCCUCCAGCUCCGACCCUCAGGCUCCAAGGAGCCCCUCCCUGACCACCCCACACCUACUUCCCCCAAAAGAGCCUAUGGCGAGGGCUGGGCACAUGCGGAGAAAGCCAGGCUGGAGGCGAGCGUGGUCGCUGGACACCACCCGGAAUGACAGGGCACGCAGUCUGUGAGCUCAUCCUCGCACAGGUCCUGCACCUGCUCACGUUUGGGGGCCAGUGAGCUGGGCCAAAGAAAACUGGAGGGAGGUCUUGGAGUGUGUCUCUGGGCACUGGAACCAUUCCUUGCCUAUAGGACCAUGACGCCAUUAGAGGGCACAAAGAAUUCUAGAAUCUUCCUGGUGAAAGGACGGUGUGCAGAGAAUUCCAGAAUCUUCUUCCUGCCUGUGGGUUCCUCCCGUCAGUGGUGUAAUAGGAAGCCUCUGGAGCCUUCGUACCUUGUUAAUGGGUUGGCUGUGGAGUAGACUUAAGAGAGCAGGUGUGGCUCACGUCACUGGAUGGCGUCUACGCGAUAGGCGGCGUCUUUCCUGUCUGGGCGGUGGUGGUGAUCACUGGCACGGCCUUGGCUUCCAUCACCUUUUUUGCCACAUCCAACAGCGAGCCCCCCAAGUUCCACUGGCUCUUCGCUUUCCUGGGCUUCCUGACCAGCGCCCUGUGGAUCAACGCGGCUGCCACGGAGGCGGUGAACAUCCUGCGGUCCCUGGGCGUGGUCUUCCGGCUGAGCAACACCGUCCUGGGCCUCACGCUGCUGGCCUGGGGGAACAGCAUCGGAGAUGCCUUCUCGGAUUUCACCCUGGCCCGCCAGGGCUACCCCCGGAUGGCGUUCGCAGCCUGUUUCGGCGGCAUCAUCUUCAAUAUCCUGGUGGGGGUCGGGCUGGGCUGCCUGCUCCAGCUCUCACGGGGCCACGCCGAGGUCAAGCUGGAGCCGGAUGGACUGCUGGUGUGGGUCCUGGCCGGCGCCCUGGGGCUGAGCCUGGCCAUCUCCCUGGUCUCCGUGCCGCUGCAAUGCUUCCGGCUCAGCAAGGUCUACGGGCUCUGCCUGCUGCUCUUCUACCUGAGCUUCCUCACCGUGGCCCUGCUCACCGAGUUCCGAGUGAUUCACCUGAGGAGUGUGUGACUGAGGGCGCCGCGGUGGAGGCGGGGUCACGGCCGACAGCAGCGGCGGCAGCUGUGUGCAGGGGGACGGAGUCCCUCCAGCUGCCGCCACCCAGGAGCACUUUGCCAAGGAGCUCUGCUGUGGAUGAGGGGUCCCCGGUGGGCACUGCAUCCUCCGGGACGGAUCUGCAGAGUCCUCCAAGGAGGGGCCAUUUGGGAGACCCCCGAAGCGUGCAGGUUGGAGGCACCUGCGGGCAGCCUGGGGUCAGGGCUCCAACAGCUGCCCAGCCUCGGCUCAGAGGACCUGAGCUGCACCGCGUGACGGACAUCAGGUGCCGGCCACGUCACCGAGGCCAAGGCCACAGGCCGGAACUGAGGGCAGUGCACUUUACGAGCGCAGUGGCGUGGCCACGCGGCACAGUCUGGCCCAGGCUUCCUCUAGAGUCGUGCAGCGGGCGUGGCGCAGCCUCGCUGCUCGGGCUCCCCCAGCUGCAGGACAGGAGGCCGUGGGCUGUGCCCUGUGCCUACCUCAGGGGGCGCCCGGGGCCUGCGCGUUCCGGGGAGGGCCGAGGAUUGCCGCCCGGGGCCCUCUUGCCGCCGGCAGUGCCCCCAGCUCGCUUACGCCGGCGGCGGAGCGAGAGAGCGCACUGUCCAUCCCGCGUCCAGCGAGUGAUUAAACAUUUCAACAGACAGCACUGGGCCACUGCCUCAGGGGGUGGGGCAGGGGCGGAGUCACGAGGCAGCAGCCGGGGUUACAAAGCAGAGGUUCUUUAUUAA